AUGGGCGAGGACACGGACACGCGGAAAAUUAACCACAGCUUCCUGCGGGACCACAGCUAUGUGACUGAAGCCGAUAUCAUCUCUACCGUCGAGUUCAACCACACCGGGGAGCUGCUGGCCACCGGCGACAAGGGUGGCCGGGUCGUCAUCUUCCAGCGGGAACCGGAGAGUAAAAAUGCGCCGCACAGCCAGGGCGAGUAUGACGUCUACAGCACUUUCCAGAGCCACGAGCCGGAGUUCGACUAUCUCAAGAGUCUGGAGAUAGAGGAGAAGAUCAACAAGAUCAAGUGGCUCCCUCAGCAGAAUGCUGCCCACUCCCUGCUGUCUACCAACGAUAAAACUAUCAAACUAUGGAAGAUUACCGAACGUGAUAAGAGGCCCGAGGGUUAUAACCUGAAAGAUGAGGAGGGGAAGCUGAAGGACCUGUCCACGGUGACGUCACUGCAGGUGCCCGUGCUGAAGCCUAUGGAUCUGAUGGUGGAGGUGAGCCCCCGGAGGGUCUUCGCCAACGGCCACACCUACCACAUCAACUCCAUCUCCGUCAACAGCGACUGCGAGACGUACAUGUCCGCGGACGACCUGCGCAUCAACCUCUGGCACCUGGCCAUCACCGACCGGAGCUUCAACAUCGUGGACAUCAAGCCGGCCAACAUGGAAGACCUCACGGAGGUGAUCACCGCGUCCGAGUUCCACCCGCACCACUGUAACCUCUUCGUCUACAGCAGCAGCAAGGGCUCCCUGCGCCUCUGCGACAUGCGUGCGGCCGCCCUGUGCGACAAGCACUCCAAACUAUUUGAAGAGCCCGAGGACCCCAGUAACCGCUCCUUCUUCUCGGAAAUUAUUUCCUCCGUGUCGGACGUGAAGUUCAGCCACAGCGGCCGGUACAUGCUCACCCGCGAUUACCUCACAGUCAAGGUCUGGGACCUGAACAUGGAGGCGCGGCCCAUAGAGACCUACCAGGUCCACGAUUACCUUCGGAGCAAGCUCUGUUCCCUGUAUGAGAACGACUGCAUUUUUGACAAGUUCGAAUGCGCCUGGAAUGGGAGCGACAGCGUCAUCAUGACCGGGGCCUACAACAACUUCUUCCGCAUGUUUGACCGGAACACCAAGCGGGAUGUGACCCUGGAGGCGUCGCGGGAGAGCAGCAAGCCCCGGGCGGUGCUCAAGCCGCGGCGCGUGUGCGUGGGCGGCAAGCGGAGGCGGGACGACAUCAGCGUGGACAGCUUGGACUUCACCAAAAAGAUCCUGCACACGGCCUGGCACCCGGCCGAGAACAUCAUCGCCAUCGCGGCCACCAACAACCUGUACAUCUUCCAGGACAAGGUCAACUCCGACAUGCACUAGGCGCCACACGGCCGCGCGCGGAGCGGCCACCAGGGGGCGCCGGGCCGUCCGUCCCGCAUUCCCGGGGCCGGACCGCCUU